GCGUAGUUCGCGAGCCCGUCCAUCACUCGCAGUGAAUUUAUCGUGCCGGUCCAUUGUACGACGACGACGACGAGGCACACACCAUCACACCGGAAUCGUCGGCUCAGACGUAUAAAUCGUAAUUAUUAUUAUCGCGAACCGUGCACGUCGUACUCGCCGCCGUGAGGUCCAAUCGUUGUCGCGUCGUCACUUCCGGUCGUCACUUCCUCCACAUCCGGACCGUCGCCGCGCAGCUUCCUCAGGGGCCGCCGCCGCCGCUGCAGAUCGACCGCCCACGCGCACGCAACGAUCGUAUAUAAUAUAUAUAUAUAUAUAUAUAUAUUGUGCGCACGCGCGACGGCGAUAUAAUAAUAUAGAAGUUGCACCGUUGUAGUGACUAGCUACGAUCAGCUAUAGGACGCGGUGACCGGUGGCAAUCGUCAUGGGCUCGAAGAAACCGAGCACGUGGUCCGUGACGCUCAAGAGAGACGGCAAGUCCCAACCGUGGGGCAUCCGAUUGGCCGGCGGAGCUGAUCUCAACACGCCACUCAUCAUAACCAAGGUCUACGCCAGAUCACCCAGUGAAAGUAGCCUGAGAGUGGGUGACAUCAUACGGAAAAUCGAAGUGUACGACGCUCGAGACUUGAGACAUUUGGACGCUCAAAAUUUGUUCGGAAACGCCGACCAGUCGAUAACUUUAGUCAUCCAAAGGUACUACGAAUAGAUACCUACAUAAGUUCAUUAUUAUAAUUAUAUUUAGACGAUCACUGCUGAUAUAGAUAAUAAACUAGGUUGCUAACGGUUGUAUAUGCUUAUAAUAUUUAAAUGAAUGAAACCGUCUUUUCCGCCAUCUUUGUGGAAAUCGGAGCAUUAUCUGAAAUUACAAAUGUAUUUAUAUAAAUGUAUACUAAUAAUAUAUUACUAUAUAAUAUUAUAAAUUAUAAUGUUGAAGAGUUUGUAUGUUUGAACGCGUUAAUCUCAUAAACUAGGUACCUACCUACUGGAUCGAAUUCAAUAAAAGUUCUUGUACCUA